AUUAAUUUUUACUAUAUAAGCAUUUACCGUUACCUUAAAUAGACAUAAGAGAAUUACACCUCCAUCAAACCACAGUUCCAAAUCUGCAAACCAAAAAAAAAAAACACAUCAAAAUGUUCAAAUUCGUCAUUGUCUUUGCUGCUUGUUUGGCUUACGCUAGUGCCGGUGUUUUGGCUCCAACUGCCUUGGCUGCCGCUCCCGCUGUUGCCUAUGCCAAUACUCCUUUGUAUGCUGCCGGUGGUAGCAGCCAGGUGGAUGUUCGUCACAACUACGAUGGUACUUUGUCUUCGUACACCACCACUCCCUUUGGUUAUGCUGGUCCCUACUCCAGCCGUUAUGUAGCUGGCCCAGUUGCUGCUCCCGCUGCCUUUGCUGCCCCUGCUAAGGUUGUCGCUCCAGCUGCCUAUGCUGCCGCCCCAGCUGCCUAUGCUGCUCCCGCUGCCUUUGCUGCUCCCGCUAAGGUUGUAGCUCCCUAUGCUGCUCCUUAUGCCACUCCCUUCGCUGCUCAAUAUGCCGCCCCAUUCGCUGCUCCUUAUGCCACCUAUGGUGCUGCACCUCUGGCUGCUUCAUAUGCUGCCCCCGCCACCGUUGUAGCUUAAGAAUCUCAUUUCGAGCCGAAUAAUUGUUAAAAAUGUAAAUAGUUAUUUAAAAUUGUUAAAGAGUUGUUAAAAAAUAUAAU